AAGUUCCAACGAUGGCGUUGUAGCGUGCGGACGUGUUUUUCGUUUUCGCGUUCAGUUAUCGUUCCCCGUCUGUGCCUUCAUUUCGAGCUGUCAACCGGUGUGUGUGAGUGUUGGGACGUCUCCGCCGCCCACCACCACCCUUCUGUGUGUGGAAAAUACCCUGUUGCAGAAGAACAUGGCGACCGCGGCCACGGCAGUUGUUUGUUUGUUGUUAUCUACCCGCAAAUGGGCUACGUGUUAAUUUUUUUUUGUGUUUUUUCUUCACCUCUUUGGGUUUGUUAUUGUGAGUUGGGUUGCGAGGGGCGGUGAACAAGUGUUACAAAUUGAUAAAAGUUGGGAAAAAGAGCGCGAAAUCGCAGCAGGCGAUGGGAUUUUUGGAGGCACCGUACAAAAAAAUUGAAUUCAAAAUCUAGUGACCUACGUGGUGUUAGAACGGAAGAACCGAGAGCUUUCCAUUUCCGCGCGCUCUCGCUUUCACUCUCUCUGUUUCUCUGCGUUUCCUCUCGCAUUUCCCGACGUUUCCACCGCUUCAUACAGAGUGUGAGAGUGGGUCGAAGUAGGCAACGUCACCAAAACCUGCUUGCGCGCUUUUUCCCGUCGUUGUUCCGUCGUUGUCGCGCUACGCGUUGGAAGUUCUAGUUCCGUUCUACGGCCGAAACUCCGGAAGUUUAUACGCUAGAAGCGUUAGCAGCUGUAAAAAGUGAAACGGUUGGCGUUUGGCGAACGUUAGCUGGGGCGGUGAAGGUUAGGGUUCACCUACGGUUCAGGGCAGGCCAAGUUUCCAGUAUCCAUAUGGUAACAUUCAAGCGCAUCGAAGCAGACCAUGGUGGAGCAGUUCAACGGUGCCUAAUCAAAGCAAGCCGUGCUGUGUGAAAUCAUGGAGCGCGUGCUAAGUGACGACCCCCUUGGAAUGAGUUCAGUGGAUAUCAGGGCAUGCUGCGCCCGAUAAAGGUGCUAAACGGAAACCUAAAUAAAGUGAGGAUGUGUCGCCAGAGUGAUACGGUUUCGGCAGCACCAAACUCAUCGAAGCUUUGGGUGCUUAGCAAAUAAGGUCAAGUGAGGGAAAAAAACGAAAAAAGUGUACAUUCCAGCGCAAGUUUCUACCACAAGAGUAAUGGACGCGACGGCAGUUGACGAAGCCAUCAACUGUCAGAAUAGUGCCUCAUCGUAGCUGGCGGACAACAAAAACAAACCGUGGUGUCGACGAGCUCGCUUCAGAGGUGACAAUUGAGCGAGGCUAAUAACAACAAAAAACGCCACCUAAAGUAAACAAAGCACACGGUGGAGCGAAUCUGGGCUGGAGUAGCCGAAAUUGCUGGAGGUUUUUGCCUUUUCGCUGACAAACAGGAACCAACACAUUACUCGUCCUUCGUAGAGAGAGAGAGCUGCCGCCCCACCGGGAUUACACGGGGUGACCACGACCACGAUGAGACCGGCGGGACGGCCGGAAGUGGCAGCUGCAGGAGGACCGGCGAUCGACUAGCAGAGCGUCCAACUAACCGGAUGACGACGAUUUGACCUGCGUCCGGAACUCGUCGGAACCGCGCUCCGCAAUGGACCAUCAUGGGCUGUACACGGACAUAUCGAACAGUAUCCCGGUUGGCGCCAACGGCACCAGCGGUGGUCUGCCGAGCACGAACGUAAAGUACCACCACCAUCUGCCGCAGAUUCCGCCCCAGCCGCCACCCCAGCAGCAAGCUCAAGGUGUUGGCCAGCAGAUUUAUUUACCAGGAAGUUACGGCGGACAGUCUCAGCAGCAGCAGCAGCAGCAACAACAACAGGUACAAGGCGGUCAUUUACAGCAGCAACAACAGCAUGUUGAGCCGGAUUCGAUAGGCUGCGGUCUUUUUACCGACACUGCCGGACUCUUUGAUCCGGCCGGCGCACUCUGUACAAACAAUAUCAGUAGUAAUAGUUUUAGUACCAACAACAACCACCAGGGCGCAAACAAUAGCAAGACGGUAGAGUUUACGUCGCGCAAGUUCGAGACGAACACGGGCGACAGUAUCACGUACAACAUAAACAAUAUAAAUACAAACAUUGUAAACAAUAUAAGCGGGGGAUCCCUGGGAACGGGCGGGGUUCAGGCGGGGAUCAACCAGGCACAGGCCAUUGUCGGUGCCACGACAGAUUUCCUCGGGGGUACCCAGUUUUCCACGUCAACAGGUGGCGCAGGUGGUGGCAGUGGCAACACCCAGAUCUCGUUCAACAAAGACGGUGAUAGCAACAACCCAACGAUCAUUAACAUUAGCAAUAACAAUCAUAAUAUUAUGGCCCCACCCUAUCCGUAUUCCUACCCAACAAAGAUCUCCGGAAUGGGUGCGUUAAACGAACUGAACAGCAAAUUCGGUGCCAACCACAGCUGGAGUACCGGCGGUGCCAGCACAGCGGGUAACACCACUGUUGGUGGUCACGAAUUUGGACAUGAAAACACCGUAAUCAGUAAUUUCGAGUCGAAGAACCCAAACAAAUACCACACAAGCCGAUCGAGCUAUCGGCAAGACUAUACCGCAACUCAACAGCAACAGUACGCAGCCCACUACCAACACAAACAGGCGCAGCAGCCUACUACACACUACCAGCCGAACUACGGACUGUAUCACCCUGAAGGUGCCCAGGCUACUCCGAUACACCAGCCAAACGGUCAUCACCAUGGUUACCACGAGCCGUUUCCUCACAUCGUACGCAGCAAGUACCCAACUGCGACGGACGAAGCCAGUCGUUACGGACGCAGCCACCACCACCAGCACAGCUCAACGAACCACUCCCAAACGCACCACGAUCUCAUGUACAACGAGCGAUCUCGACACACCACCAACUACGCCACUGGCUACGUUCCUCCGACCCCCGGGUCAUACUACACCUCGCAUCAACCCUCCACCAAAGCCAUCAUCGGCCCAAACUUGGAAUUUUUCAACAGUGGCUACAUCAAACAAAUGCCAACCAUGAACCAUCACUACCUGCCACCAAACAGGCAUGCCUACGCUACCCAACCCACAGCCCAUCACAACUACCAUCACCAAAACUAUCCCAUCAAUCCUAACACAACCUAUGAAGACCCCUAUCACCAUCGAUCUCGAAUCCCCGCUAUCCCCACUCACCACUACAAAGACUUGCACCCUCAACAGCAAUACGGCAACUACCCUAACACAGCCGCAAACCUAGGUUAUCACCAAACUCAACCCCACCAACAGGUCUUCAACAAGACUUUCACCGACUACGGCGCCCCAAACGUAGCCCUCAAUCCGUCCAACCACUACAAUAACCCAACAACCCCUACCGUCCACCACCAACCCAACCAUUACGGCAUCAAGUACACCUCACAAACCCUCGUCCCUCCAAUGACCCAAGCUAGAUCCACCAACUCCUCCUCCUCCUCCUCCCAACAAACCCACCAAAAACCAACCCAACCAACAAACCAAACCUACUACACCACCCCUAACCCCGUCUCAUUCGACCUCAACCAUCCCCUAAUCGACCUCGAAGAUCAAAUCAACAGCGUCAAGAUCCUCAAAACCAACCGUGAACCAACCGUCCCGCAAACCUUCGACGCGAAUCACGCGAUCAACUACGACUGUCACCAAAAGUACAUGAUGAACCGGUACCUGGCCGGCAAACCAACCCCCCAUCAUUCGAUCCCGGACGCCAACGGGUACAUCCCGAACGGGUUCAUCACCAACAACGGCAACAACACCGCCCACCCAACCAACUUCGGGUACACCACCAUGGAAGACCUCGGCCUAGGCACCCGAGGCUUCACCCUAGACGAAAACCUCAAGGACAAAAACCUGCGGGACUAUCUGAGCAGCUGGAACGAAACCGAAGAAGAGGAAGAGAAGAAGGAAGCCAACAACAAUCAACCGGCCCACCAGAACUUCGAGUCCUGCAAGUAUCUCCAGGAAGCGCUCGAAGAGCAGCUACCCCCACUACCCCACAGUGGAGUCAUCGUAGCGAACGUCCAAAACGGCAACCUGCCCGACAUCCUGAUCGACCUGGACAAACCCAAAGACGAACCCCAACCAAAGACCGAAACCGAAGUCGGCGAACGUCUCUACAUCCUCGAAACGUACGACGUGCCGCACUCCGAGCUGAACAAGUACAAACACCUCAGCGUGAUCAACGAGCUGCCCAAGAACGUGGUACCCAUCCACGACAGCGCAGAUUCGCUCAAGUUCCUCGAGGAGAUCGAAUCCAACCGGGACAAGUACUACCAAACCGAACUCGAGUCCGAAGUCGUGUAUGACGAUCGGAAGAAAGAGGACGACAAGAAGGAAAGCACCGACCAAACCGUGCCGGAAGCCGUCCCGGAAAGCGAACCCGCACCCAAAACCCCCGAGAAAGUCAAGCAACCGGAACCACAAGCCGAAGAGCUGGAAGACACCUUCAAGGUGCCCCGUCACCUGCCCAAGUACCGCAAGCGGCAACGCCACGCAGAGCAGCAGCAUCAGCAGUACGACUAUCCGCGCUUUCCGAAGAAGGCGCGCCGCUCCAGCAUCGAAGACUUUCUGUACUGUGAUAAACCGAAGCAGAAGGUGCCGAUCGUACCGGUACCGAAGCGGUACAACGCGAAGCAGCUGCUGACGCUGUGCGUUGCGGCGCUGAACUCGCGCGGAUAUCGAAGGUAUGCGAAGGCGAAUAUCGCACGGAGGGAACAGUUGGCGAUUGAGAUGGAGGAGUGGAAGAAGGUUGAGGAGCGGAAGAAGGUGGAGGAGCAGAAGCUGCUGGAAGAGCAGAAGCUGCUGGAAGAGCAGAAGCUGCUGGAAGAGCAGAAGCUGCUGGAAGAGCAGAAGAAGCUGGAGGAAGCUCCUAUGGAGGUGGAAGCGGCUGAGGAAGCAGUUCAGAUGGAGACAGCGCAAACUGAGGAGACUGAAAAGGUAGUAGAUUUGACCAAGUCCUUAAAUGAAUCUGCUGUAGAGAUCAUCAAGGAUUGGGACGACACUCCUGAAGAAGAAGAACCAACUGUCGUGGAGGAACAAAAGACGGAUGAGUCGAAAAGGCAAGACGUUGUAACCGAGGAAGUUGACAAUCAGGAAGUGGACGCAGCUGCUCAAGUAACAACCACCGAAAACACUAAAGAACGUGCUGAAGAUGUACAAGUCUAUGUUGAAGACGCUGAAGAAUGCGUUGAAAACACACCAGAACGUGUUGAGGACGUACAAGAGUGCGUAGAAAGCAUUCAAGAGUUUGUCGAAAGCACGCAAGAAUGCGUUGAAGGCGCAAAAGAUCGCGUUGAGGACACACAGGAGUGCGUAGAAGUCAUACAAAAGUAUGUUGACAGCACUCAAGAAUGCAACGAGGAAGUACAAGAACCCGUUGAGGACGUUCAAGAAUGCGUGCAAGACAUUCAAGAGUAUGUUGACAACACUCAACAAUGCGUUGAGGAUGCUCCAGAACAAAUUGAUGACACACCUGAGUGCGUAGAAGACAUACAAGAGUAUGUUGAAAAGACCAAGGAAAGCGUUGAAGACGUACAAGAGUGCGUAGAGAACAUUCAAAAAAAUACCAAGAAAAGCGCUGAUGACGUACAAGAAUGCUUAGAAAACAUUCAAGAGUAUGUUGACAGCACUCAAGAAUACGUUGAGGACGCGAAUGUGAGCUUCAAAGAAACACCAAAAACCGUAGAAGAUACUGUCUGCGACAUUGCAGAAGUACAGUUAUCACCGGAAGUUGAUCAAUCCGACGAGGACGAUGAAGACGUCUUCGAUGAACCUGCCCCGAUAACCAACCGAGUAUCGGUGAUCGUGGAGGAAGGAAAACAGGUGACGACACCACCACCAGUGCCGGUGAUCGAGGGACAGCGAGUUCCCGUGAUCCAGAAGCUGGAAUCGGUGGAAAUGAAGGAAGUUGAGCAGGUUGAGGAAGCUGUCCGAGAAGUGUUCAAUCCAUUGUCUCUGAAGCAACUGACGAAUGAAGCAUUCGAGCGAUACAGCCAAGUGUACGACUACCAGCAUGUUCCGACGCUGCGAUCGCUGUGCUACGAGAACCUGCUGGCAAGUGGGUUGCUGCCGCAACCGGACUCGCUGCAGAAGCUGUGCGAGCAGUUCAUCUGCAACAACCGGCAGCUGUUCAUCAUCGAGGAGGUCCGACACGAGCCGGAACGGUUGCAGGACAUGUGCCAGAAGGUGGUGAACGAGACGAACAUCAUCAUCGACAUGAACGAUUUCUGCAUCAUGACGAACGAGGAGCUCGCCAAGCAGGACAAGGAGGAAGAGGGUCGAGUGUUUAUCGUGGAGGACAAUCACGGCUCGAUCGUGGAUCUGUUGAGGGAGGACGAUGAAGACGAGGCGGGGACGGAAGUGGUGGAGAUCAGCGAAGAUCACGAGAUAUUUCUUGGGGCGAUGGAAGCUGGAGACGAUGGGAUACGGGUUGUGCUGGAGAGCAACCAUUCGGACAGCGAGAACGAGAUCUAUCGGAAGGUGGAGCAGGAGAUCGAGAAGAUGAUGACGACCAGCUCGGAUGAGGAUGACGAGGGGAUAAAGGGAGGAGUGCUGGACGUGGAAGUAAUGGACGAGCAGGAACUACAAAACGAGUUCUUUUCGUUUGUAGGGGAUGACUGCAUCCAGUACGAGGAAGUGGUUCCGGUGAACAAGGUAGCUUAUCGGAGGGAGAGCUUGAUCAACGAUCUGCGGGAUAGAUACGUUGGCAGUAAGGAGGGUACGUUCAACUGUAGGUUGAAACUGCUUCGCAAGUACGUGUACUAUCAGCGUUACAUCAAGCUGAAGGAUCAGCGAGUUGCGUCGAAGAAGCGAUUCUUCCGGAAGCGACUGGUGUGCUUGGAGAAGAAGAUCGCGGCAAUGCGUCGGAAGACGGUGGUUGAGGUAGUUGACAGUGACAGUAACAGCUCGAUGUCUAGCGUGAGUAGUUCGAGCAGCAGCAGUAGCAGUGCCAGCAGUAACGGAACGUCAAGUUCGAGCAGUUCGGACAGCGAAGAAGUUGUCACCGAAGUGGAGACGUUCCAGCAGUCGGGAGAGAGUGCUUCGGAGGAGAUGUCUAACCAGUCGGAACAGCCGAUGGAGACUAACAACAAUCAGGUAGAAGAACUACCCAAACCAGCUCAGCUAGAAUCUCAGCAAUUUGCCAAAGAACAGGAGGACAGCAACAGUUCGGACAGCAGAUCUCGUGGCCAGCUGCGACGAUCGCCGAACGUGCUGCCACUUGCGAAAAAGAAGAAGCUCAGCUUCGAAGAAAGCUUGCUCAAUAUCGAGCAGAUAUACAAGAAGAGUGGCAGUCCAACUCCGUCGUCGAUUGGCAGCCCGAACUCGUCGAACUCUUCAUCGUCCAACAGCAACAGUAGACCGAUGACACGUCGCUUCUCCACCAACUGCCGUCCAAACGUGAUCGUCAACGUAAACAAUAACCGCGAAGCUCCGAGGAAGCUGUUCAUACCGUCGUACAAAAUAUUUGACCAGUCGAUGUCAACGAAGCUACCGCAGCUGCCGGUUGAACCCAGUCGAAGUCUCAGCAGAAGCAGUAGCGGAAGUAGCAGCAGCAGCAGCAGUUCCUCCAGUACUAAGCAGGUCACAACGAGCACGCAACGCAGCAGUGGGCUGAUUCGCGUGAACUACCCAAAGAAACCCUCGACCAAAGAGGACAAGGUCCCGGCCAAGACCUCGCCACGAUCGCGUACCACUUCGUCUACCACCAACGGAAGACCCGACCUCGACCAUCGCGUUCCCUUCGUCCGCUUGGAACGCAUCGAUUACGUCGAGCAGCUGGCCGAGCAGUACCGCAAGCAGCAGCUGCAGCAAGAUCAGCAGACCAAGUUUGCGAAACUGCGGCAACGCCGGAAGUCGACCUUCUCGUAGUCCGGUCCCGCGGGGUUGCGUGCGUUGCGUGUCCAACGUGCUUAUCGAAGGCUUGUUUGCUGGAUUUGUGUCGUGUCGUGCAAACGGGCAUCAAUUUGUUGUUUUGUUUUUGUUCCUACAACCUGUGUGGUGCAUGUGUGACUGGGUGUGUGUGCGUGAUAUCAAAAACUGAUUGCCGCUAUCAAACCUCUCUCAGUUGUUGUUGUUGUUGGGGACUUGUCGUUUUACCGGUGCGACACAACGUCGUAGUGCGGAAAAUGGCCCAUUUUCAUGGUUGACCGUAGCUGAAUUGAGUCGUGUCGCGUUGAGCGAAGCUGUAGUUGCGCGGGUGACGAUCUCAGUUGGCGGUGGAGCGCUGGGACGACCUCGAGGAGACCCUGCUGGGUUAGAUCGAGUGCAGUGCAGUAGGCUGUGGGCAGGACGGGUCUAAUGUUGGUGAUUGGUGCGAGCUGAUGGAAAUUGUUUGGAAAAGUUUUUCGACAACACGUCACUAAAAAUUCUCUCAAGACAUAAUUGUGAUAUUUUUAAUUGAUGUGCAUCAAAAUUUAAUUUUGGUAAAUUUUUGUUAUUAAUUUGAAACAUUUUACAAGAAAUUGCCCCCUUUAUUCGCGGACGAUUGCUAAUAAAAAAAAAGGGAUUGGUGAUUAUGUUACAGACAUUACCAUUAUGACAACGAACUGCUUCCAUCUUUUCCUAAAAUGCUACGCAUCUGUAGAUGGCGCCAAAGUACAUUGUCAAAAUAUUGAUACACAAUAGCUUGGUUUGAAUACCAUCAUCAGGGGUGAGAGUCUGGAGGGUAAAAUUGAGUCAUACAAAAAUGCUUAAAUUUUGUAUGACUCAAUCUCAUCCCCCAGACCCUAAUCAACAAUCUUUGGCAAACAUUUGUUUUUUUAAAAAACCUCGUUUAAUUGAUUGUAAACAGUUCAGAAUAUAAUUUCAAACGUUAUUUUUGCAAUUUGUAAAUGUAAUAACAUGUUUGACAUGCUUAACAUUUUCAUCAUGUCUGAAUUACAAAAAAAAAUUUUAGCUGAUUAAAAUCAAAUAAACUCAUGAGAAAUCUAUUCCAUCUUUCAUGUACUUAAAAUCGUUACCACCUUCAAACCAAGCAAAACGAUCACAUGUCGAGGUUCGUUUCCAAUGCGCACUGUCUUUGCUCGAAAGCUCCCCGAAUCCACGUGUUUGUGUAUGCCGCUGCCAUCACCCCGCCGCCGUUCGCGCCGCCUGCUACGAUUCGAGCAGUUUCAUCGCGUUACCUGCCGUUUGUUUGCGUGAUAAGUUUGCUAUAACGCGAGAAUCAACUGUGUCUGCGUGCGUUCUUUGGCGUUACCUAGCGUUUAAGGUGAACGAAGGCUAUGCUAUAAUAAAUUUUCGGAGUGUAUUUUUUUGCUAUAAAAUAAAACGUGGUGAAACAAGAUAAAACAUAGUUUGUAAGGCGAGUCCAAAAUAGAUUUUAAACAGACGAUUUCACACAUAAUUCUAAAUUAAUUGUUUUUGUUUU